AUGGCAGUGUCUUACGAAGAGACUGGACGCCAGAAGCGGGCACAGCAAGCCGCCUCGAUACCUCAAGAAUGGCGGCUGAGAGAGAUACCACCCGUCACUGACGUUGUCAAUGCAUUGGAUUUCAUUCGCAAAUCCGCCUUGCUCUCACCGAAAGAGCUCGAGAUCACCGAAACGACCGAUGCGGAUGUUCUGCUCGAGAAGUUGGCCAGCAAAAAGCUAUCGGCUGUGGAUGUGAUCACAGCGUUUUCAAAGAGGGCUGCUCUAGCUCACCAACUCACGACAUGUUGUACCGAAAUGUUCUUCGACGAGGCACUGGAGACUGCGAAAGCACUUGAUGAGCACCUCGAGAAGACUGGCAGGACCAUUGGGCCCCUUCAUGGCCUUCCCGUCUCGAUCAAGGAUCAAUUCGAUGUCAAAGGCGUCGAUAGCUCUAUAGGAUGGGUUGGAUUGACUGGGAAACCAUCGGCUGGAGACAGCUACCCAGCACGCAUCUUUCGUCAACUUGGAGCAGUACUCUACGUCAAAUCAAAUAUCCCCCAGUCAAUGAUGAUGUCGGACUCUUACAACCACGUAUUUGGCCAGUGCGUGAACCCAUUGAACAGAAACCUCAUCUCUGGAGGGAGUUCUGGUGGAGAGGGUUCCUUGGUCAGUGCAAGAGCCAGCAUCCUAGGUCUCGGAAGUGACAUUGGCGGAUCCAUCAGAAUCCCAGCUGGUCUUUGUGGCUUAUACGGACUGAAUCCGACGUUCGGGAGGCAGCCUUAUCAGCCGAAAGGGACACGGCAAGACAUUGUAAGACCGGUGGCUGGACCAUUGGCAAGUAGUCUGUCGACCGUCGAGACAUACAUGUCGGCCCUUGCUUCUGCGAAGCCCUGGGAGCGGGAUCCCCAUAUAGUGCCCGUCCCAUGGCGGACAGAAUUAUGCACAUCUGCCGGCAAGCUGAGGAUUGGCUAUGUGAUUGAUGAUGGCUUUGUCAAGGUCCAACCUCCGGCUGCUCGAGCCGUCCGGGAAGUGGUCGAGCGACUACGAGCGGCGGGUCAUGACGUAUUGGAAUGGGAUGCUAGCUCCCACGCCCACUGCUACCAGCUCUGGGAAAAGGCCAUCCUCUCGGACGGCGGCGAGGCCUGUCGCAAACUCUGCGAGCUGAGCGGCGAACCCCUGGUCCAGGGCAUGCUGGUCGGCACCGAAAAGGAUCUGCUGACUUCCACUCAACUCCAUCAGCUCAACCUCGACAAGUUCGAAUACGAACGUGUUUACCUCGAGCGUUGGGCCGACGCCAACCUGGACGCACUGAUCAUGCCUGUGACGCCGUGGGUUGGCUACAAACCGUGGACGUGGGUCAAGAGCCAUCAAUACGUGGGAUACACUUCGAUCUGGAAUUUCGUCAAUUACGCGGCGCUCACCAUUCCUGUCACCACGGUCGACGUGGACAAGGAUCAGCCGGAUCACGAGUGGUUGACGCACAAGCCGAGGAAUCCAUCGGAUGAAUUUAACUGGAAACAAUACGAUCCUGAGCUGGUCAAGGGCAUGCCGGUCGGCGUUCAAGUUGUAGGAGGCAAAUUCGGAGACGAGAAAGCCAUUGCAGUGGCCAAGGUCAUUCAGGAAUUGCUGAAAUGA